AUGGCUGAGCCGCCGCGGCGGAGAAGAACCUCCCCGGCGGGGCACUUCCUCCCGCUCUCCUUGCUGGGCCUGCUGUGCCUGGGGUCGCCGGCCGCCCCCCGCCGGGCGCCCAGGCCCCCGCCUUGCCCGCUGAGCUGCUCCUGCACCCGGGACACGGCCUUCUGCGUGGACUCCAAGGCGGUGCCCAAGAACCUGCCCCGCGACGUGAUUUCCCUGACCCUGAUCAACACAGGCUUCAGUGAACUGAAGGAAGCCGCCUUCGCUCACCUUCCCAAUCUGCAGUUCCUCUUGCUGAAUUCCAACAAGUUUUCCUUGAUCAGAGACAACGCGUUCACAGGACUUUCUCACCUGCAGUACCUGUUCAUUGAGAACAAUGACAUCCAGUCUCUGUCAAAAAAUGCCUUUCGUGGGCUUAAGUCCCUGACGCAUCUAUCUUUGGCCAACAACAACCUGCAGACGCUGCCCAGAGAUCUCCUGAAGCCUUUGGAUAUACUUAGUGAUCUAGACCUUCGAGGGAAUUCUUUGACCUGUGAUUGCAAGAUCAAAUGGUUGGUAGAAUGGAUGGAGAACACCAACACAAGUAUGCCUGCCAUUUUCUGUGGUGGUCCCCCCCAGUACCAAGGCCAGAAGAUCCGAGAGCUCCCUCUGAAGGACUUUGACUGUAUCACCACAGACUUUGUGGUGCACCAGGUUCUGCCCUUCCAGUCUGUAUCUGCUGAGCCCUUCACAUAUUCCAGCGACCUCUACGUGGCUCUGGCCCAGCCAAGCUCCAGCAGCUGUACCAUCCUGAAGUGGGACUACGUUGAGCGCAAGCUACGAGACUUUGACCGCAUCCCUGCUCACUCAGCGGUUUACUGCAAACCGAUUGUGGUAGAAUCCCACCUGUACGUUGUGGUGGCUCAGCUUUUUGGGGGCUCCUAUAUUUACCGCUGGGACACCAACAUUGACAAGUUCGUUAAGAUCCAAGAUAUUGACAGCCAGAAGAUCCGGAAGCCCAAUGACAUCGAGGCCUUCCAGAUCGACAAUGAGUGGUUCUUUGUCAUCGCCGACAGCUCCAAGGCGGGCUCUACCAGCCUGUAUCGCUGGAACCAGAAUGGCUUCUAUUCCCACCAAGACCUGCACUCGUGGCAUCGUGACACCGAUGUGGAGCACCUGGAGGUAGAUGGGAAACCCCGACUGAUCAUCUCUAGCAGCUCCCAGGCCCCUAUCAUCUACCAAUGGAAUCGCUCACAGAAGCAGUUUGCCCACCUGGGUGACGUCGCAGAAGUAAUGGAUGUUCAGAUGGUCAGGCAUUUCCAGAUAGAGAGAGACAACUACCUGUGUCUGAGCCGUUACAUUGGUGAUUCCAAGGUGGUCAAGUGGGAAGGGCUGCGAUUCACAGAGGUGCAGAACCUGCCCUCUCGAGGCUCCAUGGUGAUGGAGCCUUUCCAGAUAUCUCAGCAUCGUUAUAUGGCUCUGGGUAGUGACUUCUCCUUUACCCACAUCUACCUUUGGGAUGAAGACAAGCAGAAGUUUGUGAAGUUCCAAGAACUCUCUGUCCAAGCUCCACGAGCUUUCCAGCCUAUCCCUUUGGAGGACAUGAGUGUCCUCCUGGCCCCCAGCUUCAAGGGGAACACACUGGUUUACAAGCGUAUUGUGGUAGACCUCAGCUUGUAGGACGGCUGAGUCAUUCCUCACCUCCCCCCAACAUGCACCACAGCAGCCCUGCUCUACUGCUGAAAGCACUUGCAGCAUUCCGUGGCAACUGGCCCUGGUGAUCACCGGGACACAGUUCCUUACUCCCU